AUGGUGACAAAAGCUGUUUUUCUGUUCUGUGCUCAAGCACUCUUAGUUAAGUAUGUCUCUAAUCAAUAUAUCGGUGCUGCAUGUAACCCUGCAGCUAAUGCCUUGGCUUGGGAGGCAUCUUCUGCUGCUCCCUGUGCUUGUGCUGCUGCCUGGAAUGCUGGACCGUAUGCAGCCGGUCUAGCUGCUCCGUGGGCUGGACCAAUGGCCGCCUCACCCUGUGUGGGCGCUGAAUGGGCAACCGGCUACUCACCUGCCUCUUUCACCGCUUCUAACGGAGGCGGUCUGGCUAUCACCAGUGCCUCGCAAAUCGCACCCACCGGUGUCUCGAUGACAUCUGACAAUGCAUACGAAGGUCCUCUAGCUGUGUCCGGUUCAAUUCCAUUCUUAGGUGCCGUAGCAUUAGAAGGUGCUCUACCCACAGCCGGCGUAGGCGCCAUCACAUACGGGUGUGGGAACGGUAACGUCGCUAUGCUGAGUGAGGACAUCGCACCUGCUGGGUACAAUACACUCGCGGGUGCGUACGGAUAUGGGCCAGGGGUAGCGGCUGAGUUAGGCUACGGAUACGGCUCUCCUCUAGCCUAUGAAGCCGGUAUCGCAGGACCUGGCUAUGGUCCCUACGGCUACAGAAGCUGUGGUUGUGGAGCGUUUACCAAG